AUGCCUCGUGAACGUCUCACUACAGAACGUGUGUUGGAAGAGUUUGAACGCGUGAUCCAAUCCAAUCGUCAUUUUUAUCUCAACGAUAGUGUGGAUGUCAAUGUUGUUUAUGUGGAAAUGCCCCAUGGCGGUAAACGUACGAAGCGAGCCGAAACUAAUUUGGAAAAGCAUUUAAUGAAGAAACGCUCAAUCAUACGGAUACGGAACAAUGAUCAACUUUGUUUGGCGAGGGCCCUGGUCGUUGCGAAAGCCAAAAUUGAUAACGAUCCACAGUAUACGAGCAUUGUUAAUCAUCGGAGGGCUAUGCAAACCUGUUUGGCUCGAGUAUUACAUAAAAAAACUGCCGUCUCUUUGGGUCCCUGUGGAUUGGAUGAAGUCAAACGCUUUCAGACGUACCUUUCCGAUUAUCAAAUUAAUAUUGUGUCCAAAGAUCAUCAGAACGCUCUUAUUUGU